AUGGCAACCAACACCACUCAAAAUGCUAGCCUUCCUCGCGCAUCGCUUUACGUGGGUGAUCUGCAUCCUGCCGUUACCGAUGCCAUGCUCUACGCUAUAUUCAACAGCGUCGGUAACGUUUUAAGUGCACGAGUAUGUCGGGAUGUUGCUGGUCAAUCUUCUUUGGGCUACGGCUACGUCAACUUCGAAAAUCCGAAAGAUGCUGAGCGCGCCCUUGAGCAACUUAUCUAUGACGAUCUCAUGGGUCGCCAAAUUCGUAUCAUGUGGUGUGUAAGGGAUCCUUCCCUGCGCAAAUCUGGAAAGGGCAAUAUAUUCAUUAAGAAUCUGGACAAAAAGAUAAACCAGAAGGAUUUGUACGAAACCUUCAAGCAUUUCGGCAAAAUAUUAUCAUGCAAGAUUGCCUUUGAUGAAGCGGGACAUUCCAAAGGCUACGGUUUUAUCCAUUUUGAAGAUGAGGAAUGUGCUAAAACAGCUAUCAACAAUAUUAACGGAAAAAUGAUCAACGAGCGGAUUGUGUAUGUGGGACCGUUCAUUCCUAAAAGCCAACGCAAAGUAUCCGCUGGCAAGCCAAAGUUCAACAAUUGCUACGUUAAGAACUUUAGUCUCGAUCUGGAUGACGAAGAUUUAAAAAAGUUGUUUUUGGAAUUUGGCGAAAUAAAGAGUGCUUGCGUUAUGAAGGAUGAACUAGGGAAGUCAAAAGGCUUCGGAUUCGUUUGUUUCAUUAAUCCUGACAGCGCUGAAGCCGCCGUUAGUGCUAUGAACAAUAAGGAGGUCAAUGGUGCUAAUCUUUACGUCAGCAGAGCACAAAGAAAGGAAGAGCGUCAAGAACUUCUACGCCAACAAUACGAAAAGCAGCGCAACGAGCGAUUGUCUAAGUACGCCCAAGGUACAAAUCUCUACGUUAAAAAUCUCGAUGAUACUGUUGAUGAUGAACGUUUAAAGGAAGCUUUCGGCAAAUAUGGUAAGAUUACUAGUGCAAAAGUUAUGUUGGACCAAAACGGCAAUUCAAAGGGUUUCGGGUUCGUUUGCUUCUCGAACGCGGAUGAGGCAAGGGAAGCUGCAAAGCUUAGUGGGACAUUAAUGGGAUCUAAACCGUUGUAUGUUGCACUGGCUCAACGCCGAGAUGACAGGCGUGCUAAGCUGUUUGCUGAACAUCAGCAGAGGCUUCAGUAUCGUCCAAAUGCUGCCAAUAUUCCUCCCAAUCUCCCUAACUACCUUGGUCAAAUACCAUUCAACGCAACACAUCGCUUUUACCCGGCUAAUGCGGCCAUGGGUUCAUCACCACGAUGGAAUCGCGGAAUGGCUGCUCCCCAGGUUCCAUUGGGACAUCCGGGCAUCGGUGCUGCAUCAGCAUUGAGGCCAAGUCUCGGAUCACCUUACGUUGGCGGCGGUGCCUCUAUGGCUAUGGGCCAAAGUCAAUUAACUGCUCAAAGCAGCCUCAUAAAUCCCCAAUUUCGUGGUCAAACUGGUGCGCGUAACAUAAUGCCAAAUCCUAUGGCCGGUCUCGGGGCCAAUCCAAAUAGUGGACUUGUUGCAGGACAGCAAUAUAGUGCCCAACGUCCUGGUAUGCCAGGUCAAAUGCUAGGUGCUGGUGGCCCUUUGCCACGUCAAACCAUGGCCAAUGUAUCAGCUAACAUUAGGCCUGUUGCACAGUCGGGUGCCCAAGGAAUCUCCGCUGCAGCAGCUAGUGCUAAUGUUCGCUUUAAUCAACCAUCUCGCAGUGGCAUCUCGUCCCAGUCCCAAGCACAGCGCUCUAUUGCUUCCCCAGUACGCGUAGAUCAGUCGGCUCCAUCGGAACAGCAUGAAGGACUUUCUAAUGAUUCUGGAAAAGUUAGUGAGAGCAAUUUAACUGAGGCUGAGCGUCAAUCGUUUGGCGACAAGAUUUAUCAAAAGAUUGUCAAGGAUGAACCUGUUCUUGCUGGUAAACUUACUGGCAUGAUUAUACAAAUGGAUGGAGCGUUCGUUCGCAAAGUUGUCGAAAGUGACAGUGAAUUAGAACAAGCGGUGAAGAAUUGUAAAAUUGCUUUAGCGAAGAAGGAUCGCGAUCAAGGAAAAUCAUCCGAUGGUCGUUCUUCUGAGAAGAACUAA